AUGCAGAACGGCAGCACCAACGGUGCCAAUGGUGCCAACGGCACCAACAAGGGGUACUCCUCGACCGCCGAGGCCAGCCGCAUCUUUGACUUCCUGUGCGGGCUCUUUGACGAUACGGACCUGCCGUCCAGCGUGCAAGACUUCAAGGAGCGCCUGUCGUUCACGGCCACGCGUGACCAACCCUACUUCCCCAUCCCUCUCAAGGAGACCGAGACCACCGCGGCGCUGAAGGCCAUCGAGGGAGCCGUGGCCUGCCUUCUAGCGGACCUCAAGACCGGCAAGGACGAGGCGCGCCAUGUGACGGUCAACCUGGAGAAGACGACGGCCUUUCUGUGCCAGGCUUACAUGGCGAAGAUUGCCGGACUCGGAAAGCUGGAUCCGAGCGUGAAGAAGCUGUUGAAAGAUACGGACUUACUUCAGGCCCAGUCCAACCCGUACCGUCGCAUGUCUGCCAAUCUCUACGCGACCAAGACUCCCGACGAGUACUACCACAUCCACGGCAGUCUCGAAGCGUCGACCACUCUAGAGAUGAUUGGGCUGGAAUCGCACAGGCCAGACCUGCAGACCCACGAGGAGAUCGUGGGCGCUAUCGAGCCCGCUGUACAAAAGUUCACGGUGGAGGAGCUCGAGAAGAUGAAUGCCGAGAAGCGACAGGCCGGUGUUCCGGCACUGAAGCACGAAGAUUUUGUCCAAACUCCUCAUGGAAAGACAAAUAUGCACAUCCCUCCGUGGUCCGUCGACAACCUCGAGGACCGCACGCCGAAAUAUCCUCUGCCUUCGGCCACCGCCGGUCAGCCCGUGAAGCCGCUCGAGGGCAUCAAGGUCCUUGAGCUGUGCCGUAUCAUCGCCGGACCCACCAUCACCCGGAUCCUGGGCGAGUAUGGUGCGGAUGUGCUGAAGAUCACCAGCCCCAACCUCAGCGACGUUCCUUUCUUCCAGGUCGAUGGUAACAUGGGCAAGCACGCCGCCGACCUCGACCUCAAGACGCCUCAAGACCGGGCCGUGUUUGACAAACUCCUUGCGGAAGCAGACGUUCUCGUCGACGGAUACCGUCCCGGAGCUCUGGAGAAGCUUGGCUACGGGCCGAAGGCACUGGCGAGGCUUGCAGAGGAGCGCGGCAAGGGCUACGUCUACGUGAACGAGAACUGCUUUGGCUAUGAAGGCGAGUGGGCCAACCGGCCCGGUUGGCAGCAGAUCGCCGAUUGUGUCAGUGGAGUCGCGUGGGAGCAAGGACGGUUCAUGGGCCUGAAUGAACCCGUUGUGCCUCCCUUCCCCAUCUCUGACUACGGCACCGGCUGCAUGGGCGCCAUCACCGCCCUGAUCGGUCUCUACCACCGGGCUGUCAAGGGAGGAUCAUGGCACGGAAAGGCCUCGUUGCUGCAGUACGAUAUCCUCCUGUUCAAGGUCGGCCUGCUGCCAAAGAAUGUGCAAGAGAAGCUGCUCGAGGUUAUGGGACCAGACUUCCGCGCCAUGAGACACGCGCACAGCGUCGACCACAUCUCCGGGACGGCGUUGCGGAAGAUGAGAGAGCUCUACCCGCACCUGUUUGACGAGUCUCGCAUGCUCGAUCACUGGUGGUCCGAGCCCUACAAGGCCGAGGUCAAGGCAGUCCUGCCCGUCGUGGAGGCAGAUAACAUCAACAGCGGCUUCAGCAGGGCCAGCCGACCGAAUGGCUCGGACGCGCCGACGUGGGACUUCAGCGGUGAGAAGGAUCGCAGGAUAAGCACUCCUUGA